UCAGACCCGGGCCUAAUGCCUUCGGGAAUGUAUCUCGUGUAGUUCAAACUGUAGAAUAAAAAAAAAGGCAUAACAAGCAGUGCUGUUGAUUCGGAUUGAUUUAGUCUGGUGCGUGCGUUAAUAUGCUCAACGUAGUGGCCUAACGUGAAAAACGUGGUUUAUUACGACGCGGGUGAAGUAAACCAGUUCUACGAGAAAACCUAACUAGAAUUCUUCAUAUUGCUAGAAGUGACAAGUAUUUUUGAAUAUGGCUCCAGCGCUUAGUAAAUUCGUAACAAAACGCACGGUCACAGGUGCUUUGACCGUUAGUGCUUUAAUUUGGCUUUUAAAGAAAAAAAGAGCAAAACGUACGCAGAAGAUAAGAGCUCUGUGGCCUGCUGAUGACAUUCAGUAUGUCAUUAAAGAGGAAAAGCCAAAGGGUCCUAAGGCUCAGGUUAAUGCACAAUUCUUCAAGCAAUUAUGGAAGUUACUGGGGAUUGGAAUUCCAGGUGUGAUGUCAGCAGAAUCUGGUUUUAUUUUACUGGUUGCUGGAUCACUAGUUGCAAGAACUGUCUGCGAUUUGUCGCUCAUACACAUAAGCACUUUCAUAGAAGCUUCAAUAAUUAAUAAAAAUGGUCCACACUUCAGAAAACGCCUUCUGUCGUUUCUAGCUCUCCUGCCAGUGAUGUCUUUAGUAAACAACAUACUGAAAUACAGUAUAGGAGAAGUGAAACUACGUUUGAGAACGAACAUAACUCGCCAUCUACUGGACCAGUAUCUCAAAGGAUUCACGUAUUACAAAAUGUCGAAUUUGGAUACCCGGAUCGCAAAUCCUGAUCAAUUGUUGACCACUGAUGUUGAUAAAUUCUGUGACAGCUGUAUCGAUCUUUACAGCAACAUUGCAAAACCAAUACUGGAUAUUUCACUAUACGUUUACAGGCUAACUUCCACUUUAGGUGGACAGACUCCUCUGAUAAUGCUGGGAUACUUAGCAGUCGCAGGCACAUUUUUGACCCACGUGCGAAAACCUAUAGCUCAGAUGACCGUCAAAGAGCAGCGUCUCGAGGGAGAAUAUCGUCACAUAAAUUCUCGUCUGAUUACUAAUUCCGAAGAGAUUGCAUUCUAUCGUGGCAACGCUCGCGAGAAACUAACCCUCCUCGCUAGUUUCCACAAACUCAUCAAGCAUCUCCGUGGUUUUCUAGAGUUCAAAACUGUCAUGGGUGUAAUAGACAAUUUAAUCGGAAAGUAUUUUGCAACUCUCGUCGGUUUUUAUGCCGUAAGCAUUCCAUUUUUUCAAGAAAAUCAUGCUGUUCUUGCCGGUUCAACGGACCAUCGUUUCAAGUGUUAUUACGAGUACGGUCGCAUGCUCGUUAAAUUGGCCGAGGCCAUUGGCCGACUUGUAUUAGCUGGUAGAGAAAUGACAAGACUCGCCGGUUUUACAGCUCGUGUAACCGAGAUUAAAACCGUUCUCGACAAUCUCAAUGCUGGCAAAUAUGAAAGAACAAUGUUACUGGACAUGAACAAUUCGCCGAUCGGUUAUCCCGGCGCUGGAAAAAUCAUUGCCAAAGACAAUAUAAUUCGAUUCGACCGUGUCCCACUCGUCACACCCAACGGCGAUCUUCUUAUAAAAGAACUUAGCUUCGAAGUCAAAUCAGGCAUGAAUGUUUUAGUCUGCGGACCCAACGGAUGUGGUAAAAGUUCUCUGUUCAGAGUACUUGGAGAGCUAUGGCCUAUCUGGGGUGGUGUCGUAACGAAGCCACCAAGUGGGAAACUCUUUUACAUUCCCCAAAGACCUUACAUGACCCUUGGUACAUUGAGAGAUCAAGUCAUAUAUCCGCAUACUCAAGCGGAAAUGUUAAGACGCGGAAAUACCAAGGAUGAAGAUUUACAGAAAUAUUUGGAUUUAGUACAACUUGGACACCUUUUGGAGCGAGAAAGCCAGGGCAAUGGCGAAAACAAUGGUUGGAAUACAGUUGCUGAUUGGAUAGACGUUCUUUCUGGUGGAGAGAAACAACGAAUUGCUAUGGCUAGGUUAUUCUAUCACAAGCCACAGUUCGCAAUCCUGGACGAGUGCACCAGUGCUGUGAGCGUCGACGUCGAAGAUUCUAUGUAUUCUUACUGUAGACAAGCCAACAUUACAUUAUUCACAGUUUCUCAUAGACGAUCGCUCUGGAAACACCACGAGUAUUAUCUACAAAUGGACGGUAGAGGUUCGUACGAGUUCAAGCCAAUCGAGUCCGACACGGAGGAAUUCGGUUCGUGAAUCAUAGUGUCCCUUGCUUCGAGGGAUUGGUCGUUUCGAACAACACCCGAAACGCAAGGGACCGUUCGUCGAGAUAGAAAAAACAAGCGAAAAUAUCAGGAAAGUGUCACGAAAGUGAUUGUUUUCAUUCUUGCCUGUUUUACUUUAUACUUUGCAAGACCAACAAAUACGUCCGAAGAUUUUCGACUCCUAUGUCAAAAUCCUUCUGGGCUUGCUGACCGAGGCUCCUACGUUGAUAAAAAGAAAGCUUUCAUAAAAUGGGGUAGCUCAGCGAAUCAUGCUCGUUGCUAUAAACCGCGGGACUUUGCGCGUUAUUGUUCACUAGCAUAAAAAAAACUGAAAGAAAUCGAUUCUAAAGUCCUCAGGUAAAAAAAAAGUCUGGGACAGGGUGCAACAAACGAAAAAACGAAUAAAACAAACAUUAUUUCAUAGCCAAAUUUCUACCUUAUGGAUUCAAUUGAAAAGUUCAUCUGUUGUUUCCAUCCACUUUAUUUCUUGUCCGUGAUUUGACAAGAUAUAGUGCGCACAUUUUAGGGAAUUUCUUAGCCCAACUUUGCGUGUCUACGAAUCAUAUUCGUGCACCGAAACGUCACCUGUAUUGUUACGAACUUUCGUACGUACGUGCGUGACGUUGGUAUAAAAGUAAUUAGAAGAAAUCAAAGAAAAUAUACAAAUACCAAUAAUUUGAAAUCACCGUAUCGGCGAACAUUCGCGGUUCGAUUACGUAUAGCAUUAGUUUUAUAUGAUGAAUCUUACGAUUGUAUACAAAUAAUUAUUGUUAUGUGUAGAUCACAUUUAUAUAAAUGUUGGGAGAAUGGGAGUAAAAAUAUGUAUCAGAGAUUGCUGGACAAUGUUGUGACCUGUAAAAAAGAAACGCAUGUUCAUUCGUC